GACUUCUGCACAGAGAUGGUUCACAUCAGAUCUCAAGUCAAGAUUGCGUCCAAUUCGCUGAAUUUCCAUCCUCAGACCACAUCCUUUGACUUCAGGACAUAAAGACGAGUGUGAGCACUGAGGGGGGGCUUCAGUGCAUCUCACCAUCACAUCAGAGAGAGAGAAAAGAAGAUGUCCUGCCUGGGGGCUUUCACCGGUCUCUUCUCCUGCAUGGUCCUCCUCAUUGUCCACUCAAGUGAUGGCUCUGAGAUUAUCAAUGGGACAGAAGUGAAGCCCCACUCACUGCCGUACAUGGCUCUGCUUCAGAGUCCCACACAAUGCUGUGGAGGGAUACUGAUCGAUGAAUCAUGGGUCCUGACUGCUGCCCACUGUAUGAACGGUGCCAACAUUACGACCGUGUUGCUGGGGGUACACUCCAUCAAGGCAAAUGAGGAGAAUUCCAGGAAGGUCAGAGAGGUUCCGAUGCAUUUUCCACAUCCCUGCUAUGAUAACGAUACAAAGGUCAAUGAACUCAUGUUGCUCAAGCUUGGCCAAUCUGUGAAUGAAACCGAGACAGUGAAGUAUCUUAAGUUGGAUGAUGCCAUCGAAGAUCCAGCAGCUGGGACCAGCUGCAUGGUGGCAGGAUGGGGCCAAACAAACUAGGAUGCCAUGGAAAUGUCUGACGUCUUGAUGUCUGUCAAUGUGACUGUGGUCGACAGAGUGAAGUGCAACUCUGCUGAAUAUUACAACUGCAAACCUGUGAUCACCAGUGAUAUGAUAUGUGCUGGUUCAGACGGUCAAAAUGAAGCUGACACUUGUGGGGGGGAUUCAGGAGGCCCACUGGUGUGCAGCAGAGGGCUGGUUGGAGUCACUUCUUUCGGGUACAAGUGUGGCCUGAUUAAGAAGCCAGGAGUUUACUCGUAUCUCACAGUGAAACAACUCAAAUGGAUCAAAAAGACAAUGAAGAAGUCUGACAUUUAAUGAGCACCUGCUGUGAAGGAUUUUGUAUUUGCGACCAUGUUAAUCAAUUCUAUGUGAGGUGAUAUGAGGGAGAUUUCUGCUUCUGCUGAUAUAAAACAGGCCGAGGUCACCACUUCCUGCAUCAAGAGCCUACUUUGAAACUGAGGUUUCAGCUCAAG